CAAACGGGUUUUGACGCCUGCUCGCUUCUCUCUCUCUCCCCUUCCAUGGCGGAGGCGGAAAAGGAGUCUGCAGAGGUAGAGCAGAGAGCAGAUAAAGCACGAGUCAGAGGCACCAAUCCGUGAAAAGAACCGAUGAGAGAGGUAGAAAGGUCAAGAAUUGUCAUUAAAAAUUCUACCUUUCUUCUUCCUCUACCUCUUCUUCUUUCUUCUUCCUCCUCUUUGUUUAUUGUUCCUGGCUCACAGUCUUCCGCUGUUGUAGCACAGUGGAGCACCUUUCCUUUUUUUUGCGCCUUUCUUGCUUUUUUGAUCGCGGUUGAUCACCAUCGCCGUUAUCUUGCUGCUGUCCCUGCUAGAGCCGCUCUUUUGCUCGUUUGCUCGUUGUGCCCGUCUUCAUGGGAGUGAGGUGAUGGGGAAGAGGUAGGAGGGAGGGACGAAAACUGCGAUGGAUGAUUCCUGGCUCUCCAAAUGCGUGGACUCGUCGCCGCAGAUGUCACCAUUACUUGCUACGGAGCUGGGUUCUCAGGCGGUGAGGUCGUCGCACUUAACGCAGGCGCCUGCGCCGGCGUCCGCGGCUCAGGUUCACAAGAACACAAAGCACCAUUUCCAUUCUUUCAUUAGACAGGAGGCGGUUUUGAAUGAUCAUGCAAGAGUUCAGGAGACUGCAGCUGUUAGUAAUUUAAACUUAGGCUACAGAUUGGGGAAGACAGAGCUGGGUAAUUCAUUUCUUGCUCUGUUAUCUGAUGAAUUCUCCCAUUUGCCUCAUUCAAGAAUGGACAUAGCUAAGAUUCAUAUCAACAAUGACAAGGUUCUAACUGGCACUGGCUGUGUGGUCCCAUCAAUAAAUAUUCCACCUCUACCAGAAAACCAUGGAAAUGGCUCUCUGGGAAAUUGGAAUGAGCAUUCUUCUUUUGUUGUCUCUAGGACAGCAACAAAUCCUGCUUCCACCAAAGUCCCUUUUCUCCACAACAAUGUUCGAUUAGUGGGUGAUUCUCAUCAUGCGAGGGACUAUGUGGAAGUAGUUCCUUGUCAAUCCUCUCAGUCCAACAAUACAGGAACUGCCGUCACUCCAUGGGAUGAACUAUGUAAUUCAGGCAGGUCAGCCAAUGCAGACAAAAACUCAAAUAAGGAUGUUCAUGCCUCAAGGAUUAUUUCAUUUGAUGCCAAGUCUCCUAUUUUACAUAAUAAUUCUUCUUAUCUUAGAGGGCGUCCCCUUGUCUUCUGUAGAAGUACUGUAGGAGAAUUAUUUAUGGGUGAUGCAGGACUUCUUGGAGUUUUAUGCUUUUGUCAUAACUCCCAUAUGUCAGUUCCCAAAUUUUGUGAGCAUUCAGGAUCGCCUUCGGUGAAUCCUGGUGAGGCUGUCUAUUUGGAGAAUGGAAUGAACAUAUCACAUUGGUGCAAGCAAUAUUUAGGGAUAAUGGCACCAGAUGAAAUUAUUGGAGGGGAGUGGUCAGGUGGUUCUGCAACAGUAGAUGUUUCAGUUGGUUCCAAGGCCAGUUAUGCUCCAAUAUUGUUGAACAACAAUGUGGCAAUUAGUAAUAUCAAGUCAUUUGGUGGAUCUUGGAGACCAGCUAAACCUUUGAGUAACUCUAUUCCUAGCUCUCCAUAUAUAAAGGUGAGAUAUACCAUGCAGGACAAAUCAAUAAACAAGGAGCAUGACAAUGUGCGCCUAAGCUAUAAUUUUCAUGGUACUAAAAAUUGUCAAAAGAUGAUUCCCAGUUCAGUGCCAGCUAGCAUGCCUAAUGCAAUGAAGAAACAACUCUUGAAUACUCAGAAGCAUCCUCCUAUUAGUGUUGGUCUUGAAAAAGUUCACUCAACUUUAUUUAAGGGUAAAGAAAUUGUUGUUCAGCAAUUGAAUACUUCUGAUGGCACUUAUACUGGAAAACAUACUUCUUGUAUGCCCUUAGCAUGUUCCUGGACCAAUGGAACAGUGAGGCAUGAUGAUGACAUUGACGAUCCCAACUCCUCUGCUGAAGCACCUCUGGCUGAUAUUGAUGGUGCGUCGAACAUUGAAUUGAGGCUUGGCCAGCCAUCUGAGAAAUACAGUGCCUUUGCAGGUUCACUUGGAUCGUCUGUACUACAAAUUGGACCAGCAUAUGACACAGUGAAACCACAACCAUAUCAGCAACUAAAGGAACGAAGUGUUUCUCAUACAGCUGCUAAAACUUGGACUGAAAAUCAAAUCAGGAAAAAUCUCCAUUUCUCAUCUUCGGAGGCAUCUCCUUACAAUAAAGGAUCCACACAACAUGCGGCUAGAUCUUUUAAUGCUCGUAACCAUUUUGACUCUGAAGGUCUCACUCGUGAUGCAAACAUGAAUCCCCUGAUUUCAUUGUUUCUAUCACAUCUUGAAGGGAAUAACACAUCUUUAUCACUGGAUAACUUAUUCAAUGGUAGCGAGCACUUAUCAUCUAAGACGCCUCACAACGUUUGCAAUUCUGUAGGAGACUCUACACAUGGUACUAGAAGUGUAUGUAACACCAGUACGGUGAAUUUUCCCAAUAAAUUGGAUGAAGGAAAGAAUAUUCUCACUGUUGAGAGUGACACGACAAAGUCUGACUCCAUGGUACAAAAACAAAAUGAGGUCACAAUUACUAGAGAGAUUUCUGCACCUUUUAAUAGCAAAUGCUGCCAAAACAGCAUCCUUGGAAAUGGUAAGGAUUUUUCUUUCUAUUUGGACAAUCAAUCUAACAUGGUGCAGAAACAAAGUGUUGGAAACACCAAGCAGCAAGAGAAAACUGCUUUUCUCUCAAACAAGGAGUGUGAUGAUCCAAUUCCUUGUGGAUCAUCCGGUACAGAUUUGUUGAAAUCAGACCAUCUAAUGUCUUCUACAACCCUUUGUUCUUUGGAAACAAGCAAAAAUAUUUUUGCUACAACCAAGCAUUCUAUGGAUGCCAAAUCAAAAAAUUCUGCUUUUCGCCGUGUAGUUGAAUUUUCAACUCAAGAAAGUUCAAACGCUGCUAAAGCAAACUCGCAACAUCAUCAAUUGUGUUGUCUAUCAUCAUCCAAACCUGAAAGUUGUAAGGAUGAAUUUGCAGUUCAGACAGACUUAAGGGAAGGAUCUUACUGCAAAACUCAUCUCAAUGACUCUAAAGUUGUUAGACACUCAUGCCCAAGCUGCCGAUCUGCUGUUGGCAUGGAUAUAUUUUCUGGUCAUUCUUGUCAUACAGGUUCAACUAGAACCUGCAAUUGCUCGUGUUCAACAAAAAGAGCACUGCUUAAAUCUGAAAAAUGCUGCAAAAGAUUUUCAAGUUGCUGCAAUUGUGAUGUGGAUGAACAACCUUGUCUGAGACUGGGGAGGCUGUCAAAUAAUUGUUUUCCUGGUGAUCAUAAACAUGAAAUGUUCAAUCACAGAGAACAUACUUCUUGCUCAUAUGGACAUUGCUGCACUUCCGUAUUUCCAUAUUGCUUUCAUGGUUUCUAUACUUCGGGGAGUAAUAGUACCUCUAAAGCCUUAAGUGAGCAGGAGGUUUGCGGACAAGCCAACAUAACACAUACCACCGGAGAUAAUGACAGCAACUAUUUGUUACCAGAGUGCAAGAGAAUUCGUCUAACUCAUUGUGAUUGUUCUAAGAAUAAUAGUGGCCUUAGAAAUGAUCAACAAACUGUCUUUUGGAGGGAUGUUCCAAAAAAGAAUUUUGCCCAUGCUGGUGCUUCUCAUGACAAGUUUGCAGAGGCAUUGAAAAGCACAAAGAGCGUUGGCGAUCAGGUUCCCAAUUAUGCCACUGAGUUCAACAAAGCUCAUCUAAAUUCCCAUGUAACAAAAGCACCACAGAUGUCUAAUAUGUCAUCUGGAUCCUCUGCUCCUGUCUUAACUCAAGUUUCAAUGGAAGUCAAUAAUUCAACUCCCUGUAUUAGAACUUCAACAAUGAUGCAUGAUUUAGUGGUUGAUGAAGGAUCAGGGAAUGAGAAAUGUGGAUCAUCUGAUGUAGUCAUCAGAGAUGGCAACGAAGGCUUUAAUACAGUCGACAAGGUGAAUGUAGCUAAAUCUAGGUUUGAUUGCUUGGCAAGCGAUUCGUCCAUUAAUCCUAUUGAUGAACUGCAUUUGAAGAUUCCAUAUAAAUCCAAGAAAGUUAAGUGUCUCAAUGAAGGGUUGGCAAAAAAAGAAAAUGCGAAGUAUCGAUGCAAGCUUGAAAUGACACCUAAAACUGCUGCAAGCAAAUCUGAGGACCAUAAUCCAUCAUUUGAUCCUUUUGGUGGCCCUGAAAUACUGAACAAUGUUAGGCAUUUAGAAAAUGAUAGUUCUCGAUCCCAAGAAAUUGAAGUUUCCAAACCUGGUUGUGUGAUGCAAAGAACAAAUGCUUCUCAUGGGUCUGCUGCAAUUAUCAAGAGAAAGCGUUCAGUUUUAUCCUUCAACAAAUUCAAGGAAAGAAUUGGUUACCAAGAUGGAGUGCCAAAGGAUGACGACAAGCAGUUACAAAAUGAUGAUAUCUCACUUAGAAGACUCAAGCGUGUUGGAGAAAAGAUGAAACAAGGGCUUGUUGCAUGUUCAAAACAUGAAAGUCGUAGUGGUACUGCAAAGCCACCUAAAUUCAUGUCACUAAAUUGUAUUGCAAAUAUUUCAAGCAAGAUUAGUUUACCUAAGAAGAGCAAGCCUGUUGUAUGUGGAAAUUCAGGUAUCAUUUCUAGUGGAGGAACUGAUGGUGAUCAAAAGCCUGCAAAAAUAAUUUCCUUGGCUUCAAUACUAAAAAGGGCUAGAAAGUGCAACCUUACUGAAACCUCUGAUACAACUGUAAGCCAUCAUAGUGAAACCUCUGAGGAUGCUAAAAAUUCUGCAAUCUUUCAUAGAUUGGAAGAAAGUUGUGAAUGCUUAAGAAAGAAUGGUGAAGACUUGAGCUCACCAUCAACAGCAAAGGCAUUCCAUUCUGGAAAUAACACAGGCAUAAGAUGUCAUUUGCAUUCUAUGCAAUCAAUAUCUAACUUACGGUGCAAGGAUAUUUGUACAUGCAGUCCUGGCAAACUUGCUGCAAAAUUUAGGCAUCAUGCAAAGACCACCUGCUCAUCAACUACUGAGAUUAAUGAAUGCUCAAAAUUGACCAUGGCAAAGGAUCAGCUCAAUUGUUCCCCUUCGGCUAUUUGUGGAUUGGAAGAUCAAGAUAAUAAAUUACAUCAGCAGAAGAUUUUAGAACCGGCAUCGCCAACAACUAUUGGUUCUUUUCCCUUUCCUAAGAACAAUCAAGAUCAUGCUGGCAAGCUGUCUCAAGUAAGCAGAAGCCGCAGUCUUUUAAAUCCAGAUGCAUUUUGUUGUGUCUGUGGAAGCUCGAAUCAAGGUGACACCAAUCAAUUGUUAGAGUGUCAUGACUGCUUGAUUAAGGUGCACCAAGCCUGCUAUGGAGUUUCAAAAAUUCCCAAAGGUAAUUGGUGCUGUCGUCCAUGCAAGUGCAACUCCCAAGACAUCGUUUGUGUUUUGUGUGGAUAUGGUGAUGGAGCCAUGACAAGGGCAGUAAAAUGUCAGAAUAUUAUCAAGAGUUUAUUGAAGGCAUGGAAAGUUGGUAAAGGAUCCUAUUCUGUGAAGACCAUUCCUUCUGAACAUGCAGAGAUCGAUGCUCUCAAUCCUGAUUCUGCAGAUGAAGCCUCUAAAUUCAACAACUGUGGUUCAGUUAGCGAGACUUGUACUGCUGAAAGCAAAAGUAGAAUGUCAGGAAAAUAUCCGGCUUUUAACAGCAUAAUCGCCGGAUCACUGGAUCCAUCUGUCACACAAUGGGUGCAUAUGGUUUGCGCACUUUGGACACCUGGUACAAGAUGUCCAAAUGUUGACACAAUGAAUACUUUUGAUGUGUCUGGUGCUUUACCUGCUAAGAAAAAUGUAGUUUGUUCUUUGUGUAAACGUCCAGGAGGUUCAUGCAUAGAGUGCAGAGUUUCAAGUUGCUCUGUCCCAUUUCAUCCUUGGUGUGCACAUCAGAAGGGUUUGCUACAAAGUGAAAUUGAAGGUGAUGAUGAUGAAAAAGUUGGCUUUUACGGGAGAUGCCUGCAUCAUGCAAUGCCCAAUAAUUAUCGUCUUGAUAAUCAUGUUGUGGAUCCCCAACAAAGCCUGAUAAAGGAAGAAUGCUCGUGUGCUCGCACCGAGGUUGUUAGAGGUCGGAAAAGAGAGAGAACACACCAGCCUAAUCUCCAAGGACCUGGUAAAGAUGGUGUAUGCAUUGUUUCCCAGGAGCAGAUAAAUGCAUGGCUUCAUAUUAAUGGUCAGAAGUGUCGUGCUAGUGGUUUAACAAAGCCAUCAGGUUCAGAUGUCGAGAAUGACUACCGGAAGGAAUACAUUCUAUACAAGCAGUUAAAGAGAUGGAAGCAUUUGGUUGUUUACAAAUCAGGAAUUCAUGCGCUUGGUCUGUACACAUCGCAGUUUAUUCCUCGUGGAGCCAUGGUAGUUGAAUAUAUCGGUGAGAUUGUCGGACUACGAGUAGCCGACAAACGAGAGAUUGAGUACCAAUCAGGUAGAAGAAUCCAAUACAAGAGUGCUUGCUAUUUCUUUAGGAUUGAUAAGGAACACAUCAUUGAUGCCACACGCAAAGGCGGGAUUGCCCGAUUUGUCAACCAUUCUUGCCUGCCAAACUGUGUCGCUAAAGUAAUCACAGUCAGGAAUGAGAAAAAGGUGGUUUUCUUCGCAGAGAGGGACAUAAACCCUGGCGAGGAGAUUACUUAUGACUAUCACUUCAACAGCGAAGAUGAAGGCGAGAAAAUUCCGUGUUUCUGCGAUUCAAAAAAUUGCAGACGGUACCUGAACUAAGACUUGUAUACCUAAAAACUAUUAUUGCUCCAGAUUGAAAAUUUGAAUGUGAAUUGUAACAUGUAAAUAGUUUCCUUCCUACUAAGGGCAUGUUCUCUAUGAACUUGUAACAUA